UUCUCAGGCCGCGUAGGGGACCAUUCACACCCCGCUGUCGGUGUUUAGCGGAUGGGGCUCUCAGCCUGAGCCGGAGGGAGGAGGAGGAGGAGAAAGAUGACCGGUAACCCGUGUGCCCGCAGGCUGGCCCGGCGCUCCAAGUCCGCCCUGCUGAUUGCGGCUUUGGCGGUGCUGCUGGUCCAGACUCUCAUCGUGUGGAACUUCAGUAGCCUGGACUCCGCAGGCGGCGGGGACGGAGGCGCCAGGAGUCGGGAGAAGAGAGAGGAGCAAGCCGGGGGGCUCAACAAAGCAGACAAGGAGCACCCGCGGAGGGGACUGCAAAAGAAGGACGACCCGCCGCCGCUCGGCAAGGCGGCCGUACGACACAAGCUGCAAGCGGAUGCCUACCAUUCCCACCGUCCCAAAGAGAAACUCCACCUGGACAGCAACAACAACGAGAACUCAGUCCCUAAAGACUUUGACACCAUCGACAGCAACAGCAACCUGGGAACCCGAUCCCAACGCCAGCGGUUUCCACUCGCCAAUGGCAAGCGCAAGCUGGACAAGGCCCAAGCACAGAGCAUGCUGGGAAAACCUGCAAACGAGGUCCUCAAGUUCCCUCCCGUACAACCCAGAGGGGUGGGGAACCAUCACAACCGCAGCCACGUCCGUAAAACCCACCCCCAGGUUCCAACGCUCCCAACACAGGUGCAGGGGUCCAAUCAGUUUCACACGGCGAGGAGGUCAUCUACGCCGCCGCCGCCCGGUGUGGUGGCGAGGAAGGAGCAGCUGCAGUGCGAGAUCAGCGGGAAGGAAGCCAUUUCUGCUCUGUCCCGGGCCAAGAGCCGCGAGUGUCGGCAGCAGAUAGUGGAGAUCUACUGCAAACACAAAAACAAAGCCCUGAUGCCGGAGAAAGUGCCUCGCUACUGCCCCAUAGAAGGUAAGGCCAAUGUGAACAUACAGUGGGACGAGGACCCCUCGGGAUCCGCCCAGCAGGUUCCAGCCCGGAUGGCCUUCGUCCUGGUGGUCCACGGUCGAUCCUCGCGUCAGUUCCAGCGUCUCUUCAAAGCCAUCUACCACACCUCGCACUACUACUACAUCCAUGUGGAUCAGAGGUCCAACUACCUCUACAAAGAGGUCCUGUCUCUGGCCGGACUUUAUCCCAACGUCCGGGUGACUCCCUGGCGGAUGUCCACCAUCUGGGGCGGGGCCAGCCUGUUGACUAUGUACCUGCGCAGCAUGGAGGACCUUCUCAAAAUGUCCGACUGGUCCUGGGACUUCUUCAUCAACCUCAGCGCCGCAGACUACCCAAUCAGGACCAAUAAGCAGCUGGUGGCAUUCCUGUCCAAGUACCGCAACAUGAACUUCAUCAAAUCUCACGGCAGAGACAACGCACGAUUCAUCCGUAAGCAGGGUCUGGACCGUCUCUUCCUCGAGUGUGACACGCACAUGUGGCGUCUCGGGGACCGUAACAUCCCAGAGGGCAUUGCGGUGGACGGAGGCUCUGAUUGGUUCCUGCUGAACCGGCCUUUCGUGGACUACGUGGUGAAUUCCAGGGACGAGCUGGUCAGCAGCAUGAAGCGCUUCUACGCCUACACACUGCUGCCUGCUGAGUCAUUUUUCCACACGGUGCUGGAGAACAGCGCCCACUGUGAGACGAUGGUGGACAACAACCUGAGGCUCACCAACUGGAACCGCAAGCUGGGAUGUAAAUGUCAGUACAAACACAUCGUGGACUGGUGCGGCUGCUCGCCCAACGACUUCAAGUCCUCCGACCUGCCGCGCUUCCAGCAAGCGGCGAGACCCACCUUUUUCGCCAGGAAGUUUGAGGCCAGCGUGAGCCAGGAAAUCAUCAACCAGCUGGACUCCUACCUGUUUGGAUCCCACCCCCCGGGAACUGUGGGCCUCCAGGCCUACUGGGAAAACAUCUAUGAGCAUGAGACAGACGGCCCCGCCAGUCUAUCAGACUCCACGCUCAGCCACUAUCACGCCUUCGCUCGUAUGGGACUGUCCCGUGCCGCCAGCUCGCUGCAGGGACACCCCAACGACAACAGCUGCAGGUUCAUGGCCACCAGCCACCCCGUGUCAGUGCACCUCUACUUCCUGUCCGACAAGUUCCAAGGCUACCUGCUGCGCCACGUGGCCACCAACCGCGCCUCCGCCCAGCUGGAGAGCCUGGAGACCUGGGUGACCUCCAAAGACCACUUCACCCCCGCCAGCCCCCCACACCCCAACAACAGGCUGCAACACGUCCAGGUUGGGGCGGACUGGGACCCUAAGGAGCGUCUCUUCAGGAACUGGGGGGGUCUGCUGGGCCCCAAGGACGAGCCGGUGGCUGUGCAGCGCUGGAGCCGCAGCCAGAGCAACCUGACGGCCACCGUGGUGUGGAUCGACCCCACCAACGUCAUCGCCGCUACCUACGACAUCCUGGUGGACGCCUCCGCCGAGGUCACGCACUACCGGCCGCCUCUCACCCCCCCGCUGAGGCCCGGCCUGUGGACACUCAGGGUGCUGCACCACUGGAACCUGCUGGGCCAGACCAGCUUCAUCGUGGCCCCGCUCGAGUUCCACCGGCAGCAGCCCCUCCAGCAAGAGGACGCCCUGCGGCUGCACAGCGGCCCGCCCAGGAACUCCUACAUGGAGCAGAGCUUCCACGGCCUGAACCCAGUGCUGCGGCUGCCCGUGAGUCUGGGCGCUGUGGAGGAGGCGGAGGCCAACGCCGGCCUGACGGGGGCGCCACUGCGUCGCUGGCUGGACGGCCUGCUGGAGGGCCACUGGUCGGCCGCAGACGUCUGCUCCAUGGGCCCCAGCGUGUGUCCUGUCAUGCAGCGCUGCCGGCUCACCGCCUGGAGCUCCACCAGCCCCGACCCAAAGUCUGAGCUCAGCCCGCCCAGAGAGGACGGGCGGAUCAGGUAGCAGACAUACGGACUGAGGGAGGACACGAGGAGCACAUGAAGGAAGACACACAUCCUGUCUGAUAUUUAUUUAUUUAAAAGUGUGUGCAACGUCACAGUGAAAGAAAGUGGAUUAAUUAAACUCUGGAGGCAGAGGCGGGUAGAAGAGAGGAAGAAUCUCCUUCAGUCCUCAUUCAGUCUGCUGCUCUCACUGUUGCUUGGGACAUCAUGCUGUGUGUGAGUGUGUGGGUGUGAAUAAGUGUGUGUUGAAGUGGUGUGUCAGAAGAACUCUAUACCUCCCGAUGUGAGCGUUUCCCUGGGUGACGGUAGGCAAGUGUUACAUGUUCAGAUGCUGAACGCUAAAACAGCUGCUCAUUAUAGACCAAUUCAUACUUUCUGUGUCCAUGAAGGUCCCGAGCCCCCUGGAACAGCGCCUAGCCUUGAGCUAAUUCUUGUAGUGGCCAAACAUUGGAAUUAUAACUUUCGUGUCAGUCUCGAAAUGUCAUUGGGCACAAAGAGACUUUUUUUGGUUGACGUACAGCACGCCUCUGACUGGAAGAAAAGAGAACAAAAUUAACAAACUGUAUAACAGCUUUAAAGCUUUCCAAUACAAAUUCGUCAUAUUUAUUUUAUUUCAGAACUUUGUCCCAAAAUUACCAUUUCCUUCAAAACAAAACAAAUGUCUGUGCCAUGUCUGAAUCCUCUUUAUACCCUCGUCUGGUCUUUUAUUCAGAAGAGGGCAUACAACAUUUUACAAGUUAGUGAUUCAUAUUUCAUAUUCUGCAAUUUGAUUGUUUUUUGGACAAAUACAUCUGCCUUUGUUUCUAAAGGCGUUCAAGUGUUUUCCAGGACUGAGGGUAAAGUUUGUCGGUCAGGUUUGUGUUGUUGGAUAAGUUUCUCCUUUUUCGGCUCGAAUUCAAACUUCACCGUUUUUUACAACCACGGCGAUAAAGCAUUACAUCCAUUAAAAAAAAUGUAUUUAUUGGACAUUUGUUGGGCUGUCUCUGUUGGUUACAACACUGUGUAUAACUUGGUCUCAAUUGUUUAUUUUUAGUCCGUGAUAAUGAAAUGAUUGGAUGGAAAAAUGUUAAAAAAGUACAUAUAAAAUGAGUUAUACAGACAAAUAAGUUACAUAAACUGAAAAAUGUAAGCAGAAAUUUGUUUCACAAUUAAUAUUCCUGUGUUAGGAAUAUCAUAUUGCAGUACUCUGAAAAGUUAUAGGGUUAAAAACAAACCCUCUAAAAUGUUUGGUUCCUUCCAUACUAAACAACAUUUACACAAAAUAUUUCCCUGAGUGUUGAGUUUGAGUGCAGUGCGGGGGGAGCGGAGGAGACCACCAACACAUUUUAUGCACCUUUUAGAUUUCCAUGCUUCUCUGUGAUGGACAUCGUGCCAGGACGUUAAAUAUUCAAAGGGUUGCGCCAGUUAGGAUGAAGGUUACACUGUGAGGCUUUUAGGAGCAGUGAUGCAUCAGACGCUUAUGUAAACAACAACAGGUUUAAUAGCAUUAUUUUAAAGACUUGGCUAAUAUUUUUUUUAAUGGCUGUAGGAAGUUAAUUCAACUCUAAUUCAAUCUGUUGGUUAAAACAGUUUUGGUUAUUACUGGAUUCAAUUUUAAGUUCAGUUGCAUUGGAUAGAGUGUUCCCACCUGCUUUCAGUCUUCUUAUUUGCAUUUGUUUUAUUUGCAGCAAGAAAGGAUCGAAUAGUCUCCUUAAAAUGUCCAAGCAUUAUUUUUAACCCACCUUACACAUGUUACUUUUUGUUACCAAUUAACAAAUCCUGAUCCUCGCUGGUGCAAUCCAUCUUUAGUUUGAUACUAUAAAAUCUACUAUUUUUUGGUAAAUUAUUUCAAUGUGUGUAGUUGCCAUAAGAAUAUAACUGGGACCAAAACUGGAGAGUAGUGGUUUUUUUGUUUUUACCCUUGAGGUUGAAGCUGAGAAUGAUUGUUGUUCUGUGACAGUCAGCACUUUAUAUAUAGCAUAUAAUGGUUACAAAAAGGAUAGUGACUACUAUAUACAGUGGGGAGAACAAGUAUUUGAUACACUGCCGAUUUUGCAGGUUUUCCUACUUACAAAGCAUGUAGAGGUCUGUAUGUUUUAUCAUAG